AUGCACACAUACUCUUGCUCAGCACUGGUAACGGAUUGUAGGAGUAAGGUUCGAGAUCUUGUUCUAGUCAAUAGGAUACACCCACAGCCUAGCACUGCAGUGGUUCCAAGAAUUUUUACCGAAAGUUUGAGAUUUCGCCGCCAGGAUGAUGGCACUUUUUACUUGAAAAUCGUUCCUUGGCCAAAAUUCAAGAACGAAAUUCAGUUUACUCACUUUCUUGGAUCCGAACGGCAGAGUCGGCCUGUACACACUAGUUGCAUCGAGGAGAAUUUCCACAUCGCACAAGUUUUCCGGUUGGCGGGGGCCAUAGGUUUACCUGCGUCGAUUCUUCACGAUACUCCACUUCCAUGUUCACAGCCACCUCGAGAAGACCCUCCAGAAAAGAAAGAUUUGCCUUUUGAACCUAAGUGCAAUGACCCCUCUAUAAGGGAACGCCCUACAAGCAACCCGAAACACCAGGCUGGAGAUUCUACAGAUACACCCGUGUUCAGUAAUGCCCUCGAAGCACAUCAGGCUUUAGCGAGUGAAAUAGAAAGGCUGCCUCCUUUUUCAACAUCCAAAGCUUGGUACCGCGAGAAAUUCUUCAGCUCUAUUCUAAACCUUCCAACACUCGUUCGGUCGGAGCAAUGUGCGAGUAGAGAGCGCGAGAGAUCCCAAGUCAUCAGUGAUGUUGAUCGUUUGUGUGCUACACUCGAUGCGACGGCUUUUGAAGAGCAAAACACAAAUGGUGUGCCAAUCGAUUCAGGCUUCAAACAGAAGUCGUGUGGCUCUAGCAACCAAGCUGGUGGCUCUAGCAACCAACCCGGUGGCUCUAGCAACCAACCCGGUGGCUCUAGCAACCAACCCGGUGGCUCUAGCAACCAACCCGGUGGCUCUAGCAACCAACCCGGUGGCUCUAGCAACCAACCCGGUGGCUCUGGGAGUAGUCGAAAUUUAUCUAAACGAAAUAGCCAGCAGUCAGCAAACUCUAGCAACCCAAAGCUAAAUCGCAAGAGAGGUAAACAGUCUAAAAAGAGCGGCUCGGAGAGCGAAAGCGAGAACGGUACCCGGAAGAGAACAAAAGGUUCUGACCCAGAACCAAAUUACGAGUCCAAAUGCAGAAUCUAUGAGAAGUCAAAUAUUAUCCGUCAAGUUUACACAUACAACACCUGUAAAGGAAAAACUUAUGCCAAUUAUAAAGACAUGCUUGAUCAUAUCCUUCGGGUACAUAUAAAGCCGUUCCAAUGUGGACGAUGUAUGGCACGCUUCGGAAGACAUAGCGAACGUAAUCGUCACGAGGGUGAUGUUUGCAAAAAAAAAGGACUUGUUGAGCGGACAAAAGAAGACCCAAACGACGUUCCGGACUAUGUUAUUGCUAUGGGUAAAGAAAUAUCACUCUGUCGAGAUAAUGACUCACUAGAUCAGGUGCUUUACCAUGGUGAUCAAAAAAAGUACGACUACCUUGACAAAACAGACGUGAAAAAAAAAAUAGUGUUCUAUCCAGCUCCCGAAGAAAGUCAGGAAGAACCCAAGCACCCAAUCUCUCAGCCCUCCUUAAGCAUAUCCUCUCACGCCCAGGAACUGAAAGUGAUGGAAAGUAGGAUAAGCAAUAUUGGAUCAUACCCUGCGGGUGGGGUUGACGUCGAAAAACACAGCCAAAUCUGUGAUAAUCACAUAGAUCGUUUCUUUGGCCACAGUCAACCCAGCGGCUUUGGCGGCGGUCCGUCAGGCUUCGACCUGGUAAACGAUCGCGAAUUAACCAACGAUUUGAUGCUUGAUAUUACCAAUAGCUCCGAAACAUACACAGACACAGCCCUAGAGAUUGAAAAGAUAAUAACAAAUCGUUAUGACGCCGAGAAAGACCCAAAACGGUACCAAGAGCUUAUUAGUAUUUUAUUUGCUAAUCUACCGAAAAAACUCUCGGAUGACUUGGUUGCACAUAUUCGUACGAGUCCACACAUAGCACCCGAUGUUCUGUUUGAGACUGGAUUCGGAGUACCGCCCGUUCUCAACAAGUACGCCCGAGGAGUUAUAUCUGAGGGUGAUGAGAUUCCAGUGCCCGACACAUCACCGCCCGACAGCGGCUUUGAUUCAAACCAAACCGAUACCGAGAUAUUGCUACAACCACUGAAAGAUUAUUGCAACUUCUCCCCAUAA